AUGGACUUCCUGGAGACAAUUUCCGCAGCAAUCACUGCAGUUGUGGCCACAGCUGAGAAUGUCGGUGCAUGGCUUAGGGCAACGGAAGAUCAGGGACGUGACGUCUUUGAAACACCCAACCUGAAUUGUAUGGCCACACUUAGGAACAGUCUUUUCGACCUUGACGUCGCAUUUAAUGACUUUCAAGUUAGGCAUCUGAUGGCAAAAGAUAGCUUUCUUGAUAUGACUACAAGGAAGCUCCACGUCUUGAAUCUUCGCCAUGCAAGGGCCACAAUCUUCACCACAAAGCUUGGGACAUUUGUGCUCACAGGUUGA